UGCGCAGAAGGACGAGGAAACUGGUUCCCCCUGCGGUCCCGGCGCCUGCGCGCUGCGGGCUCCGGGCCUCCCGGCCUGAGGUAGAGGAGCCGGGAAGAUGGCGGCUGUGGUGGAAAAUGUAGUGAAGCUCCUUGGGGAGCAGUAUUACAAAGAUGCCAUGGAGCAGUGCCACAAUUACAAUGCCCGCCUCUGCGCUGAGCGCAGCGUACGCCUGCCUUUCUUGGACUCACAGACUGGGGUAGCCCAAAGCAACUGUUAUAUCUGGAUGGAAAAGCGACACCGGGGUCCAGGUUUGGCCUCUGGGCAGCUGUAUUCCUACCCUGCCCGGCGCUGGCGGAAAAAGCGGCGCGCUCACCCUCCUGAGGAUCCGAGGCUUUCCUUCCCAUCUAUUAAACCAGAUACAGACCAGACCCUGAAGAAGGAGGGCCUGAUCUCUCAGGAUGGCAGUAGUUUAGAGGCUCUGCUGCGCACUGACCCCAUGGAGAAGCGAGGUGCCCCAGAUCCCCGAGUUGAUGAUGACAGUCUGGGCGAAUUUCCUGUGACAAACAGUCGAGCACGGAAGCGGAUCCUAGAACCGGAUGACUUCCUGGAUGACCUCGAUGAUGAGGACUAUGAAGAAGACACUCCCAAGCGUCGGGGCAAGGGGAAGUCCAAGGGUAAAGGUGUGGGCAGUGCCCGUAAGAAGCUGGACGCUUCCAUCCUGGAGGAUCGGGACAAACCCUAUGCCUGUGACAAUAGUUUCAAACAAAAGCAUACCUCGAAAGCGCCCCAGAGAGUUUGCGGAAAACGUUACAAGAACCGACCAGGCCUCAGCUACCACUAUGCCCAUUCCCACCUGGCUGAGGAGGAGGGCGAGGACAAGGAGGACUCGCAGCCACCCACCCCGGUUUCCCAGAGGUCUGAGGAGCAGAAAUCCAAGAAGGGUCCCGAUGGAUUGGCCCUACCCAACAACUACUGUGACUUCUGCCUGGGGGACUCGAAGAUCAACAAGAAGACAGGACAACCCGAGGAGCUGGUGUCCUGUUCUGACUGUGGCCGCUCAGGGCAUCCGUCCUGCCUCCAGUUCACCCCUGUGAUGAUGGCAGCAGUGAAGACCUACCGCUGGCAGUGCAUCGAGUGCAAGUGCUGCAACAUCUGCGGCACCUCUGAGAACGACGACCAGCUGCUCUUCUGUGAUGACUGCGAUCGUGGCUACCACAUGUAUUGUCUCACCCCAUCUAUGUCUGAGCCUCCUGAGGGAAGUUGGAGCUGCCACUUGUGUCUGGACCUGCUGAAGGAGAAAGCUUCCAUCUACCAGAAUCAGAACUCCUCUUGAUGUGGCCACCCCGACCCCCCAUACAUCUAGGGCUGUUUCUCUCCUCCGCUCUUGUUUUUCAUACCCACCCUCCCUUCCUCCUCCCUUUCGCAAGCCCAGAGAACCUCGGGGUGGUCAUGCCAACCUGCCUUUGGCAGCAGCAAGCUGAGGUGGCAGCUCUGACCGCCUCUGGCCCCAGGCCCUCAGGGAGAAGGGGGCAGCACACUGCCCCAAGGUGUACCUGUGGGCCCAGCCGCUCCCUGCUCUCCCUGAAAUGCAUUCACUCUCUCUGCCUUGGGCCCCAGCCCUGGUGAUCUCGGAGUUCAGUGUCCUGUGAGAAAGAGUGGCAGAGCAGCUCACUUCUCUCUCAGCUCUGCCUCCACUCUGGUCCCCAGGGUUUUCCCUUCCCCUAGAGGUGAGCCAGGAUGGGGCCUCUGCAGAGAGCAGCUGGGAAUGAGAACUGAGCAGGCCGAGGUGGUGCUUGCGGGGAGCUUCCCAUGCCCUUCGUGCUGCUUAACCUCAUCACCUCCUUCCCCCAGAGGGCUUUCUGGCUGGCUGUUCCUGCUACCCAGGAGCCAGGAUGCUGGCUCUGCCCUGUUCCUGCCACCCCACCCCAGGGGUGUAGCAGCUUCCCCUGCUUCUUCCUCGAGCUCGCCUGGCUCACCCUCCCAGGCGGUCUCUAAUGACUGAAGCAUUCCCUCCCUUGUGACUUUCUUUUACAUCCCCGCCUAAUUCCCUUCGGUUUUGUGGGGGGAGAGGGGAAGCAUCAGGGGGCCAGGCCGGCAGCUUGGGGGCCACAGGAAGGUGUUGGAUAAUGUGCCUGUUUUUUAACUCGACGAAAAAGCCUACCUCCGCAAUCCCCUUUUUGUUCUUCCUGGACCUGGGCCUUCAGCUCCUGCCCUUAACUGAAUUGGAAGCCUCUGCCUCCUGCUUUGUGUGUCCUGGCUCCUGGGUUGUGGGGAAGCCACAUAGACAUCCCUUUCUUCCCUUGCACACUCGCUUGCAGCUGGUACGAUCUUCAAACCCUGAUUCUUCAGUUUUCUGCCUGGUGACACUGACAUUAAGUAGCUGGGGGGACAGUCCAUGCCAGGACACCCUGGAGUGUCCUUCCCCCUUGGCUGUGGGCAGGCCCUAAUUCACUCUCACUUUGGAGUUGAGGUGUCUUUUUUUUUUUUUCUCCCCCUCCCUUCCUUCCUUUCCUUCUUUCCUUCUCUUUCUCUCUUUUGUUCCUGUAUUCUGAGCAUUAGUACAAUAAACAUUUUUACACGGA